GUGAUGGAUCUGCAACCAAGUUUUUUAGAAGUAGCGCUGCAGAUAAAACUAGUCAGGGAACUGGUGGAACGAAGAAGCUUGUGACUGCUCUCUGUUUUAAGGUGCUUUCCGUGUAGAGGCGCUUUCAUCAGACCAAAAGUAUGGAUAAUGUGAAUGAAGGAAUGUGCAGAGUUUCCAUAGGACUAUCAAAGUAACGUUACUGAAUGCAUUGUUUACGGUCGAAAUGGCUAGAUCAGAGGCGGAAAACGGCGAUCCUGAAUCAUCUCAUAAUAGUCACUGACGGAACAAAAAAGAUUCACUUGGACGGUGCCUCAUGCAUGAUCUUAAGAAUUCUGAGCGCGGAACCCUAAACUCCCACUACUGCUGAAUUCUGAGCGCGGCGAUGGACUUCUACUCCGACAAAUCGGACCCAGACAUCGACGAGGACCCGCGGGAGACCUCGACGUGCUGCGCCGCUCCUGCAUCCUAUCUGUGGCCGACCCAGACGCCGUAGUCGCGCAGUUCUCCUGUGCCUGCCUCACUGGGCCCUCCACCCCCGCCCUCGCCGCGGCGACGACCCCGACGGCGGUGGGUGGCAAUGGCCUCUCCUCGGACAACGAUGAGCAGGAGGGCGAGGACCUGGCCCUUGUUCGCAUCAUCCGCAAGAACCUCCACCGAGUCAACAAGGCCUCGCCGGCCUCCUCGCUGCCGCCGGGCGACGCCCCGGGGGGCGGCGACACCUCCUCGCCACGCUCGAUCUGCACGUGGCCGCCGUCUGACACGGAAGAGGAUGAGGACGAUCUCAAGACGCUCCUCGCCAUCUAGCGCCGCUUCUCGCACUACCACUCCGGUCAUUGUGUAUGUUCGUCCCUGCACCAAGGAGGAUGCCCACCAUCUGUUCGUUGAAAUGCUCAAGCUGUGGACAUGCUGCAGCAUCACGUCCUCUUGGCACACCCCACGAUGCCAUCGCAAACACAUGGAGAGAGCGCAGGGUAGAUUGAAGAACAGAUGCAUGCCAGAUGGGUCGACAUUGGUGCCCUUUGUGUCGAUGGGUAUUUGUGCUUUUCGGGAACCAUCAUCAUCUUGUGGUUGGACAUUGAGGGAUUGCCAGGUAUUCCAUCUUGCCCUCCAUGUGAACCCUUCUGAUUCCGUUGAUCAAAUCUUGCUCAUAAAAAUCAAAAUUUUCUCCAUUGAUUUGUGACUACAUGGAAUCUGAUUUGGAUGCACAAAAAUGUGCCCUACUUCAUUACGAUUUUUAUUUGUCACUGAAAAUGGAGAUGCAUUUAUUUAGUCCAUAUUCGGUCAUAAUGGAAGAAAUGGUGAUAAAUUGAAAUGGAUCUUCAGUGUCAUAUCACAAGUUACUGGCCAUACUUAUGUGUCUAGAUUGCACAUCAAGUUCAUUACAUCAAUCCAUUCAGUUUUCUGUCUGAUUGAUGUCACUUCCUUCACUAGAUAUCAAAAGAAGGAAGAUGCCACAAUGAUCAGUACUAUUAUGAUAGCUAUCAAUCAUCCAUACUUUUUUUUUUUGCAUGGUGUAAUUUAGUAACCGAUCAUCCAUGACUGGACUGUAGUUUAGUAAGCCAAACAAGCAGCUUUUUGCAGGUUGUACAAGGGAAUGAAGAAAAAGGAGGAGAUUUGGCAGUAAAAUCAGUUUCUCGAUCUCACUAGCGAGGUCGUGUGUGUUUUGUGAAUGCUCUGCUAUCGAGUUCUAAUGGUGAUUGCAGUGUGGUGCUUGCAGAUUUUCAGGGACAACGAGGGGCAGUAACUUGCAAGCGAUUCGCAUGAACAGCUGCUGAUCUACAUCCCCUUCAUGCAUGUGUGUUGGGGCUAGAUUGGUGCCCAAUUGACAGGUUUAGUUGAGUGGGUAUGCUUUCGGUAUGCAACUCAAGGGCACAGACAUAUUGUCAUAUUGACGAUAAGGGAAAGGAGAUUUGCGAGGAAGCUGCUUAAGGGCCAUGUUACCUUUAUCCAUGUCCAUUCUGCUCCACGAUUGGACAUCUUGCUUAUGCUUUUCCUCUAACCACCUAUUGGCCUAUUGAACAAUCAUGAAGAUAACAUAUCAAAGUUAUGUAGCCACGACGUGGCCUUGCCACAGCAAGAGAUUGUGUGAAUAAGAUGGUUGCCAAACUUUUUGGGCAUUCGGCUGACACUCUUACUGAUUGUUAACUGAUUGAUGGCUUGUAGCCAAUUGUACAUGUACACAUCGCGGGCGUAAAUGAAAUUAAAAUCAGGAUUGCUUGUGCC